UUCGUAAUCUAUAUUUGAGUCCAGGUAUCCCGUUACCGCCCAUCAGGGUUGUCAUUGCCUCCGGACCCCAAACGUUCGAGACCCCAAAAAGGAGCGCUUUUGUGGCCAUUUUCCAAGUUGGAAAGCAAGUCAAAACCGGAAGAACAGCUUCCAAACAGACGAAGUGACUGAAGAAGAUGUCAUCUGAAGAUGCUAAGCCUGUGAAGAAAGAGGAGGACGGAGACGAAAAGAGCUUGACUUCCAUCCUGGAAUCUCGCAAGAAGAAACCCACAAAUGCCAAUGCUAAACCCAAGGAGCUGAAGAAGAAGAAGAAGAAGAAGAAGGGUGAGGAGAAGAAAGAAGAAGUGCAACAGAAUGGGAAAAAGAGAGAGAAGAAGGUUUAUGAUCUGCCUGGUCAGAAGCGAGACCGUCCCGAGGGGAGAGACCCUCCCAGAAUUUUCUAUGAGACACUGUAUAAGCAGGUUCCUAAGAGUGAAAUGGCACAAUUCUGGAUGAUGGAGUCCGGUUUGCUCCCAUUUGAUAAGGCAAAGGAAGUUUUUGAGAAGAAACGGAAGAGGAAUCAGCAGUAAAAGUUAAGUUCUCCCACAAAAUCAGUUUCUUCAGAAAAGAAAAGGCCACCAGUAUCAUCAUCUUCUACAGUCUCAUCAAGUAAAAAGAAGACAACCGACUCCAAAGUUGCAGUGAGUCAAUCUAAGAAGAGAAAGGUCUGAGGAAGAUUUCACGGUUAAAAAGCCUAGUAAUUCGUUAACCAUUGAUUGUUGUGUUUCAUCUAUCUAAUGUCACCUGGUGAACAUGAAUAAUUGCAAAUGUUUUCAUUUUCUCAAUUAAAUAGAUAUAAUGAAAAUUAGCAUCUCUA